AUGGGGUUCAUGAAUGAGCUCAAGGCUCAAACUCGGGGGACGAAGUUGAUGUUCAAUUUUCUUUUUCACGGGUUCCAUGUUGGGCUAUUCGCACUUGGAUGGUGGAAGCAAGCAAACGACAUAAAGCUUGCGGGUCUGAAUUCACUCACCUUUUCCGUAUGGAUAUCCCGAGGUGCUGGUCUUGUUCUGUCAGUGGAUGGUGCUAUGAUUCUGCUACCAAUGUGUCGGAAUAUCAUGAGAUAUGUUCGACCAAAGGUCAAGUUUCUGCCGCUCGAUGAGUCGCAAUGGUUCCAUCGACAAGUUGCCUACUCACUUUUGUUUUACACUAUCGUCCACACCGCCGGUCAUUAUGUCAACUUCUUCAACGUUGAGAGAACUCAGAUCCGAAAGGAAACUGCAAUUCAGAUCCACUACACCCAAGUUGGUGGAAUUACUGGCCAUAUCAUGCUACUAUGCAUGCUUCUCAUGUACACGACGGCUCACGCCAAGAUUCGCCAGCAAUCCUUCGAGACGUUCUGGUAUACCCAUCAUCUAUUCAUUCCCUUCAUGCUUGGCCUUUACACUCACGCCACUGGCUGCUUCGUGCGUGAUACCGCCACCCCUUUCUCUCCAUUCGACCACGACAACUUCUGGAACCAUUGCCUCGGUUAUGAAGGGUGGAGGUGGGAGCUCUGGGGAGGUGGUCUUUACCUCAUGGAGCGAUUGUACCGAGAAAUCCGAUCCAGGAGAGACACACAGAUCGUUAGAGUUGUGCGCCAUCCAUAUGAUGCCAUGGAGAUCCAGUUCACCAAGCCCUCGAUGAAAUACAAGGCCGGCCAGUGGUUGUUCUUGAACGUUCCUUCAGUAUCAAAGCAGCAGUGGCAUCCAUUUACCAUCACAUCCUGCCCAUUCGACCCCUACAUUUCCGUACACGUCCGUCAAGUCGGCGACUUCACCAGAGCCCUAGGAGAUGCCCUCGGAGCAGGACCCGCCCAGUCCAAGCUAUACGAUGGCGGCGACCCCAACGCAAUGUUCGAAGUCGCUCUUCAAAACGGGCAAGAAAUGCCCGAAAUCCGCAUCGAUGGACCUUUCGGUGCACCUGCUGAAGACGUCUUCGACAACGAAAUCGCCGUCCUCAUCGGAACGGGUAUCGGAGUUACGCCCUGGGCUGCCAUCCUAAAGAAUAUCUGGCACAUGCGCCAGGGACCCAACCCCCCCACUCGUCUCCGCCGCGUCGAGUUCAUCUGGGUCUGCAAAGACACUACCUCUUUUGAAUGGUUCCAGAUCCUCUUGUCAUCUCUAGAAGCUCAGUCUCAAGCGGCUGCCAACUUACCCGGCAAUAACGGUAGCGAGUUCUUGCGAAUUCAUACCUAUCUGACCCAGAAACUCGAUAUCGAUACUGCCCAGAACAUCGUGCUGAACAGUGUUGGUGCUGCUGUGGACCCUCUCACUGAGCUCCAGGCCCGCACCAACUUCGGCCGUCCUGAUUUCGGAAGGCUGUUCACGGGCAUGAGGGAGGGUAUCUUGGAUAGAACUUACCUGAAUGGAUUGGAAGGAGAGAUGAGGACGAAUGUCGGAGUUUACUUCUGUGGACCCAACGUAGCAGCGCGUGAGAUCAAGAAAGCUUGUAAAAAGGCAACAGUCCGGGAAGUCAACUUCUCGUUCUGGAAAGAGCAUUUCUAA